AUGCCCGGCAGCUCCCGCAUUCCCGCAAGCUUGCGCGAAGGACUGAACCAAGUCAAGCGUAGUCGGCAGGCGAGUCCAUUGUUGGUCCUGAACCUCGACUUGUUGCGCAACAUUAUCUUCUUCCUCUUCGUCUGGCGAUGGACGCGCAAGACAUUUCUGAAGCUCAAGGGCCGCGGCCUGAUUGGAAGCAUUGUCGAGAUCUACAUUGAUAUCCGUAGAGUUCUGUAUGGCUACUUCCUGCGCGCCCCCGGUGUCCGCGGCCAGGUCCAGAAACAGGUCAACGAGACCAUGGCGAAACUGCAGACCAAGAUGAUCCCCGCGAACCUCACCCGAUACCUGACCCUACCCAAGGAGGGCUGGUCCGAAGACGACGUCCGGAAGGAGCUUGAUACUCUGGCGAACAUGGACCACACGAGAUGGGAGGAUGGCUUUGUCUCUGGCGCCGUCUACCACGGCGAGGACGAGCUGUUGAAGCUGCAGACUGAGGCGUUUGGCAAGUUCACCGUCGCGAACCCCAUUCAUCCGGACGUCUUCCCAGGCGUGAGGAAGAUGGAGGCUGAGGUUGUUUCCAUGGUUCUGUCCAUGUUCAACGCUCCUCCCGGCGCUGCCGGUGCCACCACCAGUGGUGGUACUGACAGUAUUUUGUCGGCUUGCCUCGGCGCGCGCCAAAGAGGAUACUUUGAGAAGGGUAUUACUGAGCCUGAGAUGAUCUUGCCCGAAACCGCUCAUACUGCGUUCCGCAAGGCCGGUGACUACUUCAAGAUCAAGAUCCACUACGUCUCCUGCCCUGCGCCCAAUUAUCAAGUCGAUGUCCGUGCUGUCUCCCGCCUGAUCAACAGCAACACAGUUCUGUUGGUUGGCUCCGCACCGAACUUCCCUCACGGCAUCAUUGAUGAUAUCAGCGCUCUAUCCAAGUUGGCUAUCAAGAAGAAGCUGUGCCUCCACGUCGACUGCUGUCUCGGUUCCUUCAUGGUCCCCUUCUUGGACAAGGCAGGUUUUGAGACCGAGCUCUUUGAUUUCCGUCUCAAGGGCGUCACGAGCAUCAGCUGCGACACCCACAAGUAUGGAUUUGCGCCCAAAGGUAACUCUACAGUUUUGUACAGGUCCGCAGAACUCCGCAAAUACCAGUACUACGUGUCGCCAGAUUGGUCUGGCGGUGUGUACGGUUCGCCUGGUAUGGCCGGAUCGCGGCCAGGUGCCCUGAUUGCCGGUUGCUGGGCUAGUUUGAUGAAGGUCGGUGAGGCUGGUUACAUUGACGCUUGUGUCAAGAUCGUCGGCACUACCAAGAAAAUCAUUGAGAAGAUUCGCGAGACACCAGCGCUGGACAACGAGUUGGAGAUCUUGGGCAAGCCUCUGGUGUCCGUUGUUGCCUUCACCGCCAAGAAUCUCAAUGUUUACGACAUUGCCGACGGCAUGUCAGAGAAGGGCUGGCACUUGAACGCUCUUCAGAACCCUCCUGCAAUCCACGUCGCCGUCACUCUUCCAAUUACCAAGGUCUACGAGAAGUUGUUAGCCGACCUUGAGGCUGUUGUCGAGGCCGAGAAGGAAAAGGAGAGAGUUCGCGCUGUUGAGGGUAAGGGUGUCAAGGGCAAGGCCGUCGGUGACUCGGCUGCUUUGUAUGGCGUUGCCGGAUCCCUGCCGAACAAGAGCGUGGUUGUUGACUUGGCCAACGGUUUCUUGGAUUUGUUGUACAAAGCAUGA